CUCCGCACAUGCGCCUCAAGCACCCGCGCCUGGGCGGGCGGCGGGCUCCGAAGCCGGAUCCCCGCAGGGCGGAAGCAAGCCGAGCGGGCUGGGCUUUUAAAGGGACCAGCUCCGCCCGGGCCCGUUCGCCGACGGGACCUGCUGAUGCGUUCUGCCAUCUCUCUACCCUGUCGGGGCGCCCAGCCAUGGCCAGACCACCUGCCCCGGGCUCGGUGAUUGUUCCAGACUGGCACGAGAGCGCCGAGGGCAAGGAGUACCUGGCCUGCAUCCUGCGCAAGAACCGCAGACGGGUGUUUGGGCUGUUGGAGCGACCAGUGCUGCCCCCACCCGUGGCCAUUGACACAGCCAGCUACAAGAUCUUCGUGUCUGGCAAGAGUGGCGUGGGCAAGACAGCCCUGGUGGCCAAGCUGGCUGGCCUAGAGGUACCCGUGGUACACCAUGAGACCACUGGCAUCCAGACCACCGUGGUAUUUUGGCCAGCCAAGCUGCAGGCCAGCGACCGUGUUGUCAUGUUCCGCUUUGAGUUCUGGGACUGUGGGGAGUCUGCACUCAAAAAGUUCGAUCACAUGCUGCCGGCUUGCAAGGAGAAAACAGAUGCUUUCCUCUUCCUCUUCUCCUUCACUGACCGUGCCUCCUUUGAAGACCUCCCUGGACAGCUGGCCCGAGUAGCAGGCGAGGCCCCUGGUGUUGUCAGGAUGGUCAUUGGCUCCAAAUUUGACCAGUACAUGCAAACAGAUGUGCCUGAGCGGGACCUCACAGCCUUCCGGCAGGCCUGGAAACUACCCCUCCUGCGGGUGAAGAGUGUGCCAGGCCGGCGGCUGGCAGAUGGACGCACACUGGAUGGGCGGGCUGGGCUGGCUGACAUUGCCCACGUGCUCAAUGGCCUGGCAGAACAGCUGUGGCACCAGGACCAGGUGGCAGCUGGCCUGCUCCCCAACACCUCUGAGAACACCCCCAGCUGAUCACUAGUCCCAACCCUCAGGUGACCCAAGGCAGAGGGCAACACCCAGGUCCUAAGGCUGAGGCAGGAAUAUGGAUCUCAUCCUGAGGACUGGCCAGAGGGGCUGCCAGGAGGAUGGUGUCCUGAGAAGCCUCCUGCCCCAGCAGCGCCUUCCUGGCAGAAUUCAUGGCAGUGAGAUGGGGACGCAAGGCUCUUGGGGUCAGUGGUCUGAGGGCAUCUGGGUGCCCCCUGGCCUUCUCCUUCUGACCUGGGUAGUCUAGGCUCUGGAAGCUGAGGAACUGUAGGGGCAGGGCCCCAGGGCUCAAGCUUCUCCCCCAACUGCCUGCUGUCCUCCCAGAGAGGGUGAGUGGGAAGAGGGGCUGUCCCAGCUGGGCCCUAGACCUCAAGUGACUUCAAUCAAGAGCCUGUAUUAGUCGAGGUAACACCAUCUGCUGUACCAGAUAAACCCUGAAAUCUCGGUGGCUUAACUCCAUGGAAGUUUUUUCCUUGCUCUGUCUCACCUCAGGUGUAAGUGAAAGGUGGGCCUGGGGGCUCUGGGGAAUGAACUCAUGCAGAGACCCUGACUCUGAGGUCUUUAACACAUGGCUUCCCAGUUUGCCCUGGGGCAUCAACCUCCAGUCAGCGGACUGGGAAUGAGUGCAAGUGGAAGGUUACCUAGGAGGUUUCCGAGGACCUGGCCUCUGCCCACCUUCCAUUGGCCAACACGUGGUCACAUGGUUACAUGGAGCUGCAGGGCAUGCUGGGAAAUGUAGUCCACCAUCGUGUUGAGGAGGCGAGCCCCCUCUCUGCAGUACCUUUCUCCAUCGUGAAGGUGUCAGGCUGAGCUUAGGACAGGGGCCCCGCCAACUUGGGGAAUCAGAAAGCUCACUACACAGGGCCAGGGACUGGACCAGGUGGGGUCAGGGAGUGAGUUGCCCUGUUGGGCAGCUCUACCCGUGGAAAGCCCGCAAGAGUGAACUUGUCCAUUCUUGUGUCUCCCAUCUGCCCCAUCUACCAGACAGGCUAAAGUCUGCGGGCGGGGGGUGCUGAUGAAGAGGGCCUUUAUGCGUUCUGACACCCCCAAUGGUGGGCUGAGGCCUGGCCUGAGUCUGAGCCAGCUGGAGGGGCCUGGGGGCCCAGGUGUGUGACCCCAGGAGCCACCUGACCCUUGAGGCCCCUCUUGAGAAGGCAGCGCCGGCAGCUCUGUGCACCCCAUACUCAGCAUGCAUGAUCACAUUCUAGCACUUGUUCUAAAACACUUUCCUCCACACAUCUACAUACGCCUGCUGGCACACACAGGAGGUUCGUACCUCCCCACUCUGGCUCACACCCCGGGGCACCCUGAUUGCCUGCACGGCGUCUACCAUGUCUGCCUCCCUGGGCACUACCCAUAGGUUCGUCACCCCUUCCAGGGCCUAAAGGACUGACUUUAGCAUCUUCUUACCCCCAACUCUGGUUCAGAGCUGAGACCUGAGCCUAUCCCAUGCCGCAGAGAAGGAAUGUCCCUGGGCAGGACCCCAUGCCUCACAGUGGCACAGCUGGUAGGUUAGCUUCCACUCCUGGGCUGGAGACCUUCCCACUGUCGGCUUCCUCUGCUCCUGGGCAGUGGGUUCAGGCCGUUCUCUGUUUUUAGCUCCAGCAGACCUUACCCCAGCAGGAAAUAGCAAAGCUUGGGAGUGGGACCCCAGGUAGCCUCUGGGCCUGAAUGUGACCCCUCCCCCCAGCUACCCAUACCUGUGUUGUGAGCACCAGCGACCCCCUGUCCAGCCAGUUAUCUCUGGGCUGGAAGCUCCCCCAGAAAGGAAGCUUCUGCAUCCUUCUUGGGCACCAGCUCUGCACCAGCAGGCCGGUUUUCUCCUGGUUAGCCCCGUUCCCAUCAGAGAAUCACCCUGUCACCCUCCUUCACCCCAAACCAAGAGGUGAACAAUUCCCUUUGCUGUUUUCCUGUGUAAGGACAAGAUCGGGAGGGUAGUGGGCCUGGGACUUGGAAGCCCAGCCGCCUGCCAUCCCAGCCCCACUUUCUCAGCCCCUGCGAGCCCUGCCCCUGUGCCACUUCAGCCUACUACUCCACGGUAGUGCAGAACUGGGAGCCCGAGGGAGGAAGGAACCGCGAACCAUUAUUGUAAUAGCCGGUGGCUGGGCCCACAGUGUGUGUUCUGGGCAGGGUCACAUGGAGAACCAGAAGCAUGUGUGGACACAUAUGAGUGGAUUCAGGCCAGCUUUGUGGGCCUGCCACGUGGGACACCACAGAUUAUGCAGCAGGUCCUGUGUGUGUUGUCCAGGGAGAGGGUCUGGGCUCCAGAUAAAGCUCCCCUCUCAGGGCUUGGAGACAGAGGCCGCUUCAGUGAAGUUGUUGCAAGGCCAUGAAGAAGUUGCCUUCCCCCUGCUUUGGUGCCCCAAAUUCCACCAUUAGAUCACAAUAGCUCAAAGGCAAAUACCUCUCUACUCACCCCACCCCUCCAUGGGUCCCGAGGCUCUGUGGAAGGAAGGGGUAGUGACUAUGCUCCAGACUGGUUCAGGGGUGGGCCUUGACUUGGACCUUUGGGAAAAGGGUAGCCAUGCUUGCUGCUCAGGGCCCUGGAGCCACUGAACUUUGGGGCUCUGGAGGGAAGCCUGUAGGAGGAGGGACCAUCUCCUGAGGUGAGGGUGGGGGUGGGCUGUGCUGUGGUCCAGCCCUGCUGCUGAUGUUCCCAGUCUGGACUUAGCAGCCCGCCCCCUUCCUUACCCCAAACAGGCUCUCAAGGAGUCCUAACCCCCUUCCCUACAGAUGGGGAGUGCCAUGGACUGACUGUGUCCCUCCCAAAUUUAUAAUUUGAAAUCCAAAUCCCUAAUGCGAUGAUAUUAGGAGCCUUUGGGAGGUGAUUAGCUCUUGAGGGCAGAGCCUCAUGCAUGGGAUCAGUGCUCUUAUGAAAGAGACCCCACAGAGCUCUGUAGCCCCUUCUACCCAGUGAAGACACAGAAAGUGCAGUCUCCAAACCAGGGAAGAGGGUCCCCAAGGACCCUGCUGGUGCCUUGAUCUUGGAUUUCCUGCCUUCAGAGCUGUGAGAAACAAAUUUCUGUUGUUUAUAAACCACCCAGUCUGUGGUAUUUUGUUAUAGCAGCCUGAACAGACUUAGAGAAGCUGAGGUCCAGAGAGGGACAGGCAUUUGCCCAAGGUUGCAGAGCCACGAAGCAGCUCCGAUGCUCUCAGCCCUAGGCACUCCCCUCCCUUGAACCCCUCCCCCCAUCCCCUAAUGCUGUCUUGGGGUCCAGCUCCUCACAGGCCCUCCUCUCUUGGUCCUCCCAGCUUUUCCAGCUGUGAAGCCUGGGGCUGCCCAUAGGAAGGGAAUACUGGCACCUCCUGGCACCUCCUUCCUCCCUUUCCUUCCCUUUUUCUCCUCCCCGCUCCCUUCCCAGGCCACACUGAGCUGGUCAGUGACAAGUUCUUCCCUCUGCCAGCCAAAUCUGGCUGGGCACCUGGGCAACUGGGAGGACCCCUGGCAAGGAACCUGGCCCCAGGAUAAGGAAGGGGAUCCAGGAACCCACCUGCAAAGGCUACUGGGCCCAGGCCAAGUCCAGGGUGGGGGUGGGCUUUUCCUGUCUUGCGGUGGAUCGUCUUACUACCGGGGCAGCCUGGUGCCAGCUGUAAUCCCCAUGUGCCAGGCACAGGCUUGGGGGGGAGUGAAGUGCCCAGACGGAGGAAGGAGGCUCAGGGGCCCAGGACAAGUUGGAGCUGUGUGGAGCCAAAUUCCGAGGGGGCCAAGCUGCGGGUGGGGAGUGAAGGGUGGGUGGGUGGGGGGGUGGAGGUUGUCCCCUCCCUGUGACCUCAGACCCAGAGGCUGGGGCAGUGGGGGUGGGGGAAGCUGGUGUUCAACUCUAUUCUAGAAAGUAGGGGUGGAUCCUGGGAGCAAAGAUGACUGAGGCUGGGGGUGGGGAGGGCGUCCAGAAGGAAGGUGAAGGAGAACUAGGACCUCCGACCAUUCACUUUAAUUCCUGUGUGUUCGUCUGUAAAAUGAAGAUAACAGCCCCCGCUUCUUGGAGUUGUAAGUAAAUGUGUGUAAAAUGUUCAGCGCAGCACCAGGCACCAAGGCAGGGGCACAAUAAACGUUGGCUAUUAUCUUCCCCGUUGUUCUUACGGUAGUGGUGGCCGCUCUUGGGCUGAGCGCGGCUGGAGAGGAGGGAGACGGUCCGGGUCGGGUCGUCGGGUCGGCACACGGGCUGCUGCACGCAGCCCAGCUGGGGGCGACCGAGAACCGGGAAACUCCCGGCACCUGCCCUGCGCCUGCGCCGGGCUCCGCGCCCCCUCACUCCCGUCUGCUGAGCCCAGGACCGCGAUGGCACCGAGGACAAGGACCUGGACGACGACCAUCUCUGCGCGUCCCGCGUCAGCAUUUGUGCCUCAGAAUCCAGGGGCAACCUUUUCCGCGGCGGGAAAACCGCACUCGGUGGCGGUCUAUAGGGAGCAGAAACGCACAGAUAUGGCCAUUGCCUGUCUGCUGGCCGAGGGAGUCUACCCUGCAGCCUUCCCACUGCAUGAAGUGGAGAAGACACAAGCUCAGCUCUCUUCCACCGCUGUGGCAUCAGGAGGGAAUACAGCCCUCCCUCCUUUCAUGUGCCUAGGGCCCCUGUGAACUGCCCAGGUAUCAGGUGCCUGGUGCAGACCCCAACCCUCGCCAACUGCUGUGCUCAUACUGGGCCUGCUGGAAAUGCUAGCACAAGCACCAACCCCUGUACCUUGUAUGAGAGUGCUUUGGGGAGACGGUGGCCAUCUACUUUGGCUAGGGGAACCUCACCCUCUUCUACUGGAAGCUGCUGGCCGUGCGUCUGGGCUUCAUCGUCGCCUUCGAGCACGUGGUGGUCUCCGUGCGCCUCCUCGCCUGGCUCGUGCCCGACGUUCCAGCAGCCCUGGUUACCAAAAUAAAGCGCGAGCGCUAUCUGGCCCUGCAGAAGCCUGCGGACUCCGGGGAGGCGCUGCUUUAGGGCCAGCCUAUUCAGCCUGACCAAGCCAUGCUUCCUGUCCUCUGCAGCAGGGGCGCUGUCCCCGGAGCCCAGGACCAGGCGCGAGUGAGGCGGGACUGCCCUUCAAGAACCCUAGGUUCCCCAGAUGCUUCCUUCCAUUUGGGGUCCUCUGCCUCUGGCCGGGGGUCUGGGCAGUACCUUGGCCAGCGACCCCAAGGUCGGCCUCGGAACUGGGGUGAGAGGAUUAGAGCAUUAAAGCUCUCUGAAGACCGCUAGUCCUGCAUUGCCUCCCUCUCCCUGUCCCCGUCUCCUGCUCUGUGUGCAGUGCUGGCAAUAAACCUCUCUCUGCCCCCCAGUGUGCCACCUGUCCAUGGACACCUGGUUUCCACA